UCAUGUCAUUUGUAUGUGUGAUGGAAAGUGAUACAUCUUCUUUGCAAAGUUUUCAGUAGCUGAGGUCACUUUGGGUUAUGCUUUCUAUGAGGAUAUGAAGUCUGAUAAAUGCUCUGUACUUUCAAUGAGCGCUGACCAUGAGACAGACAAUCAAAAUUUCUUUUUAAAACAUGGACAGAGGAAACAUUCAACCACUAUUUUCUUCUUGAUCAAAAGACUCAAAGCUGUUUGGGUGAGAGUGUGGGUUGAAAGGUUAAGAGUACUAUUAUAUGCCACAUUUGGAUAUAGUAAAUAAUAUAAGAAAGAAGGAUGAUGGUGAUGACGAUAGUGAAGGUUUUUUUUCAACUAGCAGAACAAAGUCUGUAAAUUCACUGAACUUCAUUGCAUUCAGUCUUUCAUUGUAAUCUAUAUUAUUUGGUGAAAUAAUGAGACCAGAAAUGCAGUAAAAAUUCAAGGAAAUUAGUCUAUAAGAAAGAAAAUGAGAGCGAUUCUGUGUGAUUUUAUUUGUGUAAGCAAAAGUUGGUAGGUGUCACACACCAUUGAGAAGCAGUGACUGGACUUGUGAGUGUGGGUGUACUUCCGAACUGUUCUAAUGUUUCAUGUCUGAUUCAGCAAACACAAGCAACACUUUCUUACAAAUGCAGGAAACAAAUCAGGCUUCAGAGACAAGACUAUCGUAAAUAAUCACUUGUUUUGAUGGCAUGGAAAUGUUCAGAACUGAAGGAAUCAUUUGUUCUCAAUGCAAACAGCUGGACUUAAUCACUUCAAAGCUCUGUUUUCCAGCUCCACAUCCCUUGUAUACAGCAAAUCCUGCUUCAUGAGGAAUGUAGUGCGUCGGUGUAUCAUUAAGAGCUUUCCGCCUUGCUGAGGAAUCAAAAGAGAGAAAUAAGAAUAAUUUGAAAAAACGAAUUACAGUAUUGGCUUCUCUAUGCAAAUUAAUUUAGUAGAAUUACAUACCCUAAAACAUAGAGGCCAAUAAAAUCGAAUGUUAAGAGGCAAUAAAUGACACUAGCGAAAGAAAGAAAGAUAAUUCAUCUAGGGGGCAGGUUGUCACACCAGGAAGAAACUCUCAUUGCUGUUGUCAUGGUGAGUAUUUUAACUAAUUCCCCCCAAACAAAUUCACUACUGAACUGUUUGGAAUGGAGGCGCCUGAUGGCAAAUGUCAAUCUUGAUUUCAUCUCUGUCUUUAUAUAGGAAAAUUAAAGAUAUACAGCAAUCAUCACACGGAAACAGUCUAAAGAGGUUAACAGGUCAAAUGUAUUUUUCUUAUAAAAUGUAUACACUUUAAAGAAUAUUUCUUCCAGUUUCAGAGAAUUUUAAAUCUAAGCCUUGCUUUAAAGCCAUAAGCAUUCAUCAAUCAGGCUCCUACAGAUCGUAAUCAAGGCAGCACCUUUUCUAUAACUCACCGACAGCUUUGUCCUAUCAAGGACAUAUCUGUAAUGAGAUGGAGCAAAUGGAAUGAGCAGUAUAGAUGACUCAUAAUCCCACUGAAUAAUAAACCUUGAACCCUGUCAAACACGUGUCUUUCUGAAUCAGAAAUCUUCUAAAACUCACACACUCCCUAUUUCCCAGAACACAAUGCAAAUAACCUUGUCCAUCUGCCAACUUACGAUUCUGCAUAUAAUAAACUGCAAAGCCUAUACUCUUCGAAUUUUCUCAUGAAUUACUGCUUCACAAAUCUUACAGAAAUAAUAAGCCACGGUCAAACAUAGACUGGACCGAAUUUUGCGUAAACCUCGAGACUAAGACGAGCUGUGAGUAGUAGUAGUAUAAUUGACCGCACAAAUACGUCAAGGCUCUAUGUGUUAAUGACUUUGCGUCACUAGAAUAUGUUAGCAUCAUUAUUUGGUUCGUAUUGGAGAGCCAGCUUGCCCGGGGUUGAGUGAGCGGAGCGCGCGAACGCCACAAAUAAAGGAACGCGCGCACCUGCGAGCAUUUACAACUCUGGAAAGACAGAACUGAACAUCUUCCUCCUGAACUCCCGCUCAUCUCAGUGUAUCUAAGAGGUGUGGAUCUGAGGAUGUCCUGCGGUUGGUUGCUCGUGCUGUUGUCUCAUGUGCUGCUGAUGCUCGCGUGUCCUCGACCCUCGCGCUGUGCGCUCAACUAUCCGUCAUUCACGGACGACAGCGACCAGUCGGAGCGCUAUGAGAAACGAUACAAUGAUAUUGAUUAUGACAGUUUUAUUGGCCUGAUGGGCAGGAGGAGCGCAGGAACAAAUCGUGACACCAAUCCACCAUUUAGACCUAAUAUGAAUGACGUCUUUGUUGGAUUGUUAGGACGGAGAAACACUGUGUCUGAUAUUCCUGUUCGGAGAGGACAGGGAAGAGGCAACAUUUUCUUAAAGGACAGAAUGCAGAGGUGAGAACUUGUAAGUUUUGCUGUGGUAAAGCCUGACUUCUUCAGUCCAGAACUCAUCCACCGUGCAAUUUUGCCAUUCUGAAGAAAAAUUGUCCGUCUUUGUAUGAUAACCAAGAUGUACAAGUUUCAGUUUAUUGUGAGUGUGUUCAUUGUAGCAUAUUUUGUCUCUUUUUAUGUAGGAUAACAUUUACAUUAACGCCAUUAAGAUUUCUGAGUACAAAAUGCACCAGACUCAAAUCAAAGGUGUGUUGAUAGAUUUACUUAGUAAUUCAGGAACAACAACAAUCUUGGGAUGAAAAGA